AUGGUGAAGGGUAAGUCGACCAAGGGUAGGCAAAGGAUUGAGAUGAAGAGCAUCGAAGGUGAGGAGGCACGUCAGGUAUGCUUCUCCAAGCGCCGCCCAAGCUUAUUCAAGAAGGCCAGUGAGCUUUCCACCCUAUGCGGUGCAGAGGUUGCUGUUGUCACCUUCUCCCCUGGUGGCAAGUGCUUCUCCUUUGGCCAUCCCUCUACUUCGUCUGUUGCUGACCGCUUCCUUGCGGUGCACACUUUGGGUGGCCACACCAUGGGAAGUGGGAGCCAUGGUAGUCAAGGAUCGACAGGUAGAAGCCAUGAGAUGAAUCAGCAGGUUAUGGAGCUGCAACAAAUAAUGGAGACCGAGAAGAAGAGGAAGGAGAGGGCAGUAGAGGCUUUGGAGAAGGAGAGUGGGGGACCUGUAAUGCAAUUGCUGAAUGCCAAUGUUGGUGCAUUAAGGAUACAUGAGUUGGAGGAGUUGAGAAAGGAGCUUUGUAUGGUACAAGACAUGGUCAAGGAGAGGUCCCGCAAGGUGCUGCAAGAUGCCAUGCAAACAAGAAGGCUGGCACCACAAUCUCAUAUGCAUAUGGUGGCAAUGCCCUCGCAAGUUUUGUUUGGUGGCCAGAGGGCUGGAACCAUGUAUACCACAUUUCCCAGUUUGAGCAAUGGACUGCGUGAAGGGCUUCUCGUCAACUCUCUGCUUCAUGGUUCCCUUGGAGGCCUUGGCAAUUACUUGAAUGGUCAAUUUGGAGGCUGA